AUGUCUCUUCAGAUGGGAUUUACGAAAAAACUUGAGCUCCAUACGGAGAAGGUUAAAGCGGUUGAUAUGCAUCCGUCGGAGCCAUGGGUAGCUUCCGCCAUGUACAACGGAACGCUAACAAUAUAUAACUAUAAUACGCAAUCACUAGUUAAAAAGAUAGAUGUGUCGGAUGCUCCGCUGAGAACAUGUAAAUUUGUUCCGCGAAAACACUGGAUAGUAACAGGAGGUGAUAAGAAUUGUAUAUCAGUGUAUAACUAUAACUCACUGGAAAAGGUUAUCGUAGUGGAGGCGCACAAAGAUUAUGUAAGAUAUUUGGACCUACACCAGUCAAUGCCGUAUGUGUUGAGCUGUUCAGACGACAUGACGGUGGUCAUUUGGGAUAUAGACAGGAACUGGGAGAAGGUGGCAACAUUUGAAGGACACUCGCACUACGUGAUGAUGGCAAAAUGGAACCCGAAAGACCCGAAUAUAUUCGCAGCCUGCUCGCUGGAUAAAACAAUAUCGUUUUGGAGAGUGUCGAUGGAAUCAGAAAAAUCACAAAGCUCAAAUAAGCCGUACUUCACACUGACGGGGCACGAAAAGGGGGUAAACUGCAUAGAUUUCUCCUCAAACUCGUCGUGCCCGUACAUAAUAUCAGGGUCGGACGACUUCACAAUAAGAGUGUGGGACUACCAGACGAAGCUGUGUCUGCAAGUUCUGAAGAAGCACUUUAAGCCAGUGUCCUGCGUGCUCUUUCACCCGAGGCUGCCGCUGAUACUGUCGACGGGAGAGGACGGAGACUUUAACGUGUGGCACGCAAACCUGUAUAAAAUUAAAAGGUCAGUUAACUACGGAAGCGGGCAGCUGUGGCACGUAGCAACGAACAACUCAGACACAGCACUGGCGAGCGACUCGGGAACAUACGUGCUGGAGUUGGCGGGAGGGAAGCCGCUUGCAUCAAUGCACUCGAACAAGCUGCUGAUGGUCAAGUCCUCGGACAUACUGACGUGUAACCUGACGACUCUGACGGACACGUCGAACCUGGACACCUCGCAGCCCCUGAACCUAUCGCUGAGGAGUAUCGGCUCAUCAGAGUUCUUUCCACAAGACGUAUCAUAUCACCCGAACGGACGUUUUAUAUGCCUGUGCGGAGAUUCAGAGUACAUAAUCUACACGUCGCAGGGAAUGAAAUCGAAAACAUUUGGGAGAGCAUCGCAGUUUGUAUGGUCAUUUGAAGGAGACUACGCAACAUAUGACGGGUUUGAAGUGAGCGUGUACUCAGAGUUCACACUGAGAGAAAAGCUGGAGGGAGUUAACGUGAAGAAGAUACACGGAGGAAGGCUGCUGGGAAUAUCGACGGAAACGGACAUAUCCUUCUACACAUGGUCGCCAUGCGAGCUUGUGAAGCAGUUCAGCGUAGCAGUAGAUGAAGUGUACUGGCACCCGUCAGACUGCACAGUGGCACUGACGUCACACAUAGCGACGUUUAUAUUCGCGCACAACCUGGAUGGAUUGAACAGCGCAAGGUCAUGCGCAAGGUACAAGAAUAACAAGGAACUGCAGGACUAUCAGCAGGAAGACGACCUCUUCAGACUGGAGUACGAGCUGGUGGACAGAGUGACGAGCGCAGUGUGGGUGAAGGACACGUUCCUGUACGUGACCUCGGGGUCGCACCUGAACAUGUACGUGUAUCCGCACGUGGAGACGCUGGUGUACCUGGAAAAGCCGCUGCACCUGCUAGGGUACCUGGAGGAGACGGAGCUGGUGUACCUGUUCGACGACGGAGUCUACGCGUACAGGCUCCCGCACAAAUACCUGGAGUUCCACUCGAAGCUGUACAGCUACUACACGCUGGAACUGAAGGAGAAGAGGAAGAGGAGGCCUGAGAGUGAGUUUGAGACGAUGGACGAGGGGGAGAGUGAGGUCUCGGGAGCAAAGGAGGAAGUGAAGAGCACGCUGUCGAACCUGGACCAGAAGAUGAGGGACAGAGCAAGCAAGCUGCUGCAGAUGUUUGAAAUGUACGAAUUGGGGCUCUUCUGCACGAGCAACGCAGACCUGAAGUUCGAGUUCCACCUGAAGCUGGGCAACGUCAACGAGUGCCUGAAGCUGCUGCUGAGUGAGACUAGAGCAGGGGAAGUGGGCGGCGUCAACGGAUCGUUGUCCGGUGACUAUAAGCUGAGUUUGGACAAAAUGCUGAAGGAAAAGGUGGACGUGAAUGUGGUGAUAAGCCUGGACGACGCCCUAAAAAAAAAGUGGAAAAGGCUAGGAGACUACUGCCUGAAGGCCUCGGAGGUUAAGUUGGCGAAGUUGGCGUACAAGUACUCUAAUGACCUGCAAGCACUACUGGUGCUCAACUCACUGACAGGGGACGUUGAAGGAGUUAGGUACGUGGCAGAAACAGCGCUGGCGUCAAGAUUACACAAUGUGGCAUUCACAUCGUACUAUAUGCUCAACCAAGUGGACAAGUGCAUACAGAUACUGCACUCGGUGAAUAAGCACGCAGAAGCAACCUUCAUGGCAAGAACGUAUAAACCUCAAAUGCUCAAAAGCUCAUUCAACAAGUGGAACGAGAAUUUAAAAAACAAAAAUGUAAAGUUGAUGGAACCGCUGUUCGAUAACACGGAGACUCCAGAAACACAGGAGCGCAACGGGUUCCCGGAAGCAUCUCAAUACUCAAACUACAAGAACGCGAUCUUCUCAGAGUCUGGGAAGCAAGCAGAAGAAACGCCAAAAGGUAACGAAAAUCACGACGUAAUCGAUUUGUAA